GAAAGGCAGACGUUUACUGGGGCAACAGGCCCUGUUGCAGCUGAAGGAGCCAGAGAAAGGGAUGGACCCAGAGACAGGGAUCCUCCGCCGGCAUACGACGGCGCAGAUCCUGAAGGCACGUUCAAGACGUUCGAGAAGAACGUUCGGCUGUGGGAGUUCGAGACUGAUGUUCCCAAGAGAAAGCAGGGGGCAAAACUUUUGAGGUCGUUGAGCGGCAUGGCACAGUUGGCGGUAGAAGACAUGGAGUUUGAAGACAUAGCCAAUGAAGAUGGAGUACGAAACAUACUUCAAAAGCUUAGAGAGUUCUUCCUGCCGCACUUGGAAGUCAGUCUUCCACGGGCCUUUGAAGCUGCAGUUUAUGGCAAGCCCCGCCAAGCCAGUGAAGGCUAUGCGGAGUACAUUGCCCGUAUGGAGCGGGCGUUCAGUCGUCUGGCCAAGGAAGGGGUUAGCCUUCCUGAUGGAGCCUCAGGGUACAUCAUGUACCGUCAGGCAUCGCUGACGGAGUCACAGGAUCAGCGAUUGCUCACAUGGUGUGAUGGGAAAUAUGGCAAGAAUGACAUAGUCAAGGCGCUCCGCAAGUUGGACAAAGUGGUCAGGGAAAAGGGCAGCAAGUCCAACUACUUCAACGAAGAUGCAGAGGUGGCUGAGAAUGACAGCUACUGGUGUGAUGAUGAUGAUGAUGAGAACUAUGUCUAUGUGGCUGAUGGAGACUUGGAUGCUGUUUUCACCGAAGAAGAGAUGAAUGCAGCCCUUGCCAGUUACCGAGAGGUCCGUGAGGCGUUGAGGGAUCAGCGCAAUGGACGCGGCUUCUACCAGAAGGGCAAAGGCCAUGGAGGGAAGUCCAGCUUCAAGGGCAAGGGCAAGCAAAGGGUUCAUGUUGAACAGCUGAAGUUGCGUACCAGGUGUUGGAGAUGCGGCGCUGUAGGCCACAUCAGCAGAGAAUGCACCAACCCACCCAUGGAAAAGAACAAGGGCACCUUCAGCUCCAGUGCUUCCUCAACAACCAAUAGCUCAGCAAAGUCUGGCUUCUUUGUGAUUGCGGAACAGAAUGCGAGGGGCAUUCAAGACUCUCAGUCACCAGAAAGCCGAGAGUGUUUUUGGUUGCGUCAGUUUGUAGAGAACCGGCGCAGGAAAAAUUUCUGUGCUGAGGAUGGAGCUGUGAAGUCCGAUGCGGACUACAAGGGUGCGAGUGCUGAGGGUUUUUGCGGCAUCACAACCAAGUCGGAGCAUGGAGUAGUCGACACUGCUGCUGAAGGAGGUUUGAUAGGUUCUAGAGCUCUUGAAAGGCUGAAUGUGAAGUUAGAGCAGUUUGGUUUGUCAUGCAAGAAGCUUCAGAAGAGAUCUUCGGCAAAGGGAGUAGGAGGUCAGGCGAAAGUUUUAGGAGUGGUCCUCAUUCCCAUCGGCAUUGGAGGUUUGAAUGGAGUGUUGGAAGCCACUGUGGUAGAAGGUGAAGUACCUCUCCUACUUCCAGUUAGAAUGUUGCGAAGCCUUAAAGUCCUCAUUGACUUCUCCAAUCUCUCCUUCACCAUUCCUGACAUGUCCAUCGUUAUCCCCAUGCAUGAGUUGGCCUCUGGACAUGUCACAAUUGAGAUCAUGGAAUUUGCGGCUGGAGGUUUUGAGGUAUCAGAUGCCAAUGCACCGUGUUGCACUGCGGAUUUUCAGAAAGAUUCGAAUGUCACAGCAAUGUUGGCUCAUAGCGAGCUGAAGAACCACACGACCCCCUCCAACGCUGCAUUGGAGAAAGACUCAGAACGUGCAGCCUGGAGCAAUGGCGGCCCUGGUCGAGCGUUUGAUCGGGAAGGCCAAAGGGUCUAUGGAAGAGCGGGCGCCCACACUUCCCGAAAUGGAGCGUGGCCAUCGUCCCAAGAGAGCAAUUCGAAACUGGCGAGUUCUGAUGGACAAGCGGAACCGGCUACACCGGGGGAGAUCUAUGCCCAGUUGAUCGUUCAUGCAGAGAUGUUGACGCCUCUGAAGUCGCAGACUCCGGCUUCAGUGAAGAAGAACUUGAAAGCAGAGAAGAGCAAGGGCCCCUUGAGUCAAAAGAAGAUGGCCGAGAACUACAUGAUGGAGGACGGGGAUCUUGUGGAGCCCCCCUAUGGCACGAUUCAGACCUCCGAGGAGGCCGAACGGAAGAUGGAGAGAAUGCAGCAAGAGCUGGAGAAGAAAAUGCAAGUGGACCGGAUGGAAAUGGCCCAGCAUCAAGAACAGAUGUGGAAAGAGCUUCAGGCUCAGAAGAUCGAGAUGCAAGAGAAGGAGAAGAGACAUCAGGCUGCCUUGGCCGCACUACAUCGGGAGAAGAACGACUUGGAGAGAGAAUAUGCGAUUCUUCAGAAUCGCCAGAGCUCAAGCAAGAAGUGCCUGUGCGGGAAGGAGGCGGAGAAGCUGCAAGUGAAGAGAGAAGGCCCUCGGAAGGGCAGGUUCUUUUGGAAGUGCACUCAGAGGGAGUGCCAGUACUUCGAAUGGGAACCCAGGGCACCGAGUCCGCCUCCCAGCGACUUCAGCUUUUCGCUGGUGAAUUCCACUGUCCGGACGGGCAGCCAAGCCAGCGUUCCGGGCAGAUGUGUCGAGCUCAUGAACCAGGAGAUCAUGCUGAACGCUGACAAGGCACGCAGCCGCAGAGUCAUCCGAAAGAUGCAAAUGGGUGAAGAUCCGCAUUUUGCGGUAGAAGGAUCUUAUGAGGUCGAGAUUGAAGAGGGCAAGUGGGCCAAAGUUGGUGGUUUGGUUCCGCUUUCUGAGACUCGGCCGAUCCGAGUGUUUGCUAUGGUGAGCAAGCGAGACGUGGUGGAAGAGCACUUUGGCGUCUCAAAGGAAAAACAAAUCUCUCGCAAAGAACGUAGGCAUCUCAACAAGAAGCUUUCUGAGAUGGUGCCUGUGGUGAGCGAGGUGUUCUCUCCUCCGAGGGUGGCCAAAGAAGCAGCUAGAGCAGGGCUGAACGCCGGCGGAUCCUAUGACCUGCUGACUGGUUGGGACCUGAGAAACCCUGCUCAUCGAAAGAAAAUGUGGAAAGCCUUGAAGGAAGAGGAUCCUCUUUUGCUGGUUAUUUGUCCUCCAUGUGUUGCUUUUUCCGUUUUGCAAGAGCUGAAUUUCCCGAGAAUGUCAUGGCAGUCGGCCAUUCAGUUGGUUUGCAUGGGCCUGGAACAUCUGGAAUUGGCUAGUCUCUUAGCAAAGUGGCAAGUUAAAAGAGGCAGAUAUGUCCUUUUUGAGCAUCCAUGGGCAGCACGUUCAUGGAAAGAAAAAGCAGUGGAGGAAAUGGCUGAGCUUCCAGGAAUGAUCAAAGUGAGAUGCGACCAAUGCAUGUUUGGACUGCAGGUGGAUGAGUGCGGCCUCAACAAGAAGCCGACUGGACUCUUGGUUAAUUCUUCAUGCAUUGCCAGGAGAAUGGGUAGGCUUUGUGAUCACCGUCAUUUUCAUGCGCCGACCAUGAACGGGCGUCCAAAGAAAGCGCAGCAGUAUCCACCUGAGUUUUGCAGAGAAAUUAUUUUGGGUUUGAAAGAUCAGAUCCGAGAAGAUCGUGGAGAGCACUGGUUUUCUAGGGAAGUCUUUGCGUUUGAAGAUGGUGAAGAAAUAGUAGAAGAGGAGGCUGAAGAGGGUCUUCCUGAAGAGGAUGUAGACCGAGGGGAGGCUGAAGGUUCAUAUGCAGUCACAGAGGAGGAGAAGCGUCAAGUCAUGAAGAUGCACAUUGGACUAGGUCAUCCCCAGAAGAAUGAGUUUGUCCGGUUCAUGCGGGCUGCGAGAAUCAAAGGGGAGAUCAUCAGAUGGGCUCACAAAGAAUUUUCUUGUCCUGCUUGUUCUGCCAGGCCAAAGCCGAAGGCGACACGUCCUGCGGCGAUCCCGCGCACCUAUCAGCCAAAUCGAGUUCUUGGAGUGGACUUGAUAUAUCUUCCAGAGGUAGGUGGCAAGCAACUUUUUCCAGCAUUGUCAGUAGUAGACUGGGGAUCGAACUAUCAAGCAGUUGAGCGAGUGGAGAGCAAACAACCAGAAGUCAUGUGGAGAACUAUGUGGGAUGUUUGGUUUCGCGUUUUUGGAUUGCCAGAGGUGAUCAUUUGUGAUGCCGGAAAAGAGUUUUCCAGCAAGUUUAUGCAGCUGGCAGCUGCCCAGGGAGUGGUCACUCAAAGCAUCGCAGCAAAGGCACCGUGGCAACAGGGUAGAACAGAGAGGCAUGGUGCACACUUCAAGGAGCUGUUGGCAAAAGGUCAGUGGCCUCGCAUUCCCAGCCUACUCCUGUCAGAUGACAUCCUCGACCCCGGGCUCAUGGACGGGGCAGUAGUGGAUGAUUUGGAAAGAUCACUGGAGAUGAGGAGGAUUGCCCAGAAGGCUUUUGUUGAACACAAUGCGAAAACUGCUCUUCAGAAGAUUGAGAAAGGCCGAGCUCGCACAGUACAAGAAUUCAAGUCUGGAGAGUACGUAUAUGUGUACCGAGUGCCGAGAAGGAAGAAGCGCCGUUUUGAAGUUGGACCAGAAAGCCAGGAGAACACUCCAAACAAGGCAUCAUGGAUUGGCCCUGGCACCGUUAUUGCCACAGAUGGUGCAAGUUUGUGGGUGUCGAUGUUUGGGGAGCUCUGGCGCGUAGCCAGGGAACAGUGCCGUCUGGCGACCAAUGUGGAGAAACAAGGCAUUGAAGAAGUGAUGAGAAGCUGUCAGGAGCUGGUGGAGGAAUUUAAAAGGUCCGGCAACAGAAAAGGGUACAAAGACAUCAGAGAGGAAGAGUGGCCUGGUGAGGAAGAAGAAAACGGUGAGGAGGCUGCAGACCCCCAAAAGGAGGCUGAAGAACCCCAGGCAAUGCGCCGAGUCAGUUUUGCCCCAGAGGAGGAUGAUGGAUAUUCUCCCUCAUUUGGACCAGAGGUCUCGCCUCUUGACGAGAUCGAAGUGGGCAGCGUUCCGUCGAGCUCGCAUGUCGAUCCUUCGGUGCCAGAACCUGAGGCAGAGAUGUCUCGAAGAAGGUCGGGAUCUAGAGCCGAGAUGGAUGAGGUAACCAAUGGUGCAGAAGUAGUUGUGGAAGGACCCAGAGUGCCUUUGCAGAUGAGUGAGGAAUGGAGGAGAAUGUAUGAGAGAUCCCAAGCCGAGGCAAACCGGCUUGAUGGUCUCCCUGCUCCGGGACAGCCGGUCCGCCGGUCCGCCUUGCUCAACGGCACACUAGACCAGGCGCUCCAUAUCUUCAUGAAUACCAUUUUGUUCUUCCUCACGAGGAAGCUGACGAAAGUGAAGCUGAAGAGGAGCACACAUGUGCAUGGAGAAGAGGAAUGCAUCCAAGACUUCUGGGGAAGUUGUGAGAAGGUCUCCAGAGGCAAAUGGUGGAAAGGAUGGAAGAAAGCAGAUGAAGCGGAAUGGGCCAAGAUCCUAAGUAGCGGUGCAGUCCGCGUCCUCUCAAAAGAAGAGUCUCUUGAAGUGAAGAAGCAAUUGCAGAAGGAAGGCAAGCUGAACCGCGUCCUUCCGACCAGAAUGAUGCGGAAGUACAAACAUGCUGAGCUUCCGGGUGAACCUCCCACCAUGAAAAGCCGUUUUUGUAUCAGAGGUGACAAAGAUCCAGACAUUUUUGAUUUAGAGCGUUUUUCUCCCACUGUCAAUACCAUGAACCUCAACAUUGUCUUGCAGAUUGCAGUGAAUGAGCAGAUGGAAAUAGGGCUAGGUGAUUUGAAGAACGCAUUUUGCCAGUCUUUGCCGUUGGUGAGAAAGAAUGGAAAGCUCUACUUCAAGCAGCCGAGCGAGGGAUUGCCAGGAUUGGAUGCCGAGCAAAUCGUUGAGAUCAUAGCUGGUUGUUAUGGUUUGGUGGAUGCCCCGUUGCAUUGGCGAAAAUCACUGGUGCAGUCUUUGGUGCAGCUUGGCUACAAAGAGAGUCGCAUGGAUCCCUGUCUAUACAAGAUAUACGAAAAUGGGAAGAUAGCAGGUCUGAUAGCCAUUGAGGUAGAUGAUUUGCUUUCAUGUGGAAAAGGAAUUCAUUUGAAAAAGAUGGAGCAGCUUCGCACUUUGUACAACUUUGGGAAAUGGGUCAAUUUGAAAGAAGCCCCGCAGGGCGCAGCAUUCAAUGGUAGGAGGUUGCGCAUGGAGAAAGAUGGUGGCAUCAAGAUUGACAUGUGCAAGUUCAUUCAAGAAAGGUUAGAAGAAAUUCCUUUGCAGAAGGGUAGGAAAAGUCAGAAGAAAGAACUUGUGACGGAGGAAGAAAGAGCGCAGGCACGUGCUCUUUGCGGGUCAUUGAACUGGUUGUGCAAGGAAGGUCGUCCAGAUGCGGCUGGUCCAUCGAGCUUGAUGUCAUCUCGCUUGACCAGAUUGGUAGUGGAAGAUAUCAUCCAAUUGAACGAGGUGGUUCGAAACUUGAAGUCGUCCGCUGAGGUGGCAUUGAAGAUUCAACCUUUGUCCAACAUGCAGUUAGCGGUCGUCACAGAUGCUUCAUUUGGAAAUGAUGAAUUUCACUCUCAAGGAGGUCAGAUGAUUUUGGCGCAUGAACCAGGUUUGAAGGCAGGCGAGAAGGUGAAGUCAAAUCUGCUAUGGUGGCGUAGUGCAAAGCUUCAAAGGGUGGUAAAUUCCACUUUGGCGGCGGAGUCUCAGAGUUUAUCCAAGGGUUUGGGGGAUCUACUAUGGAUGAAGGUGCUGUUCAAAGAGUUGCUUGACGAAAAGUUCAACAUCAAAGAAUGGCCAGCGCUUUUAGCAGGAGAAGAGACCCUAGCGUUUGCGAGAGAUUCUACGAGUGAGAGGCUGCAAGAGUGUCUAGCGAUAGUAGAUGCGAAAAGUUUGUAUGACCACUUGUCCAAGGAGACGAUUGGCGGUCAAGACAAGAGAACCGCCAUAGAGAUUCAAAUAAUUAGACAAGAGCUGAAUCAGCUCAAUGCAAGUAUCCGAUGGGUAGACCAUCCCGCGAUGCUCGCGGAUCCUUUGACGAAGGUCAGGGGAGCGACGAGAGCUCUAUUUGACAUGCUCUCUUCAGGCGUUUUUAGCAUAGCGGCAGAGGUAGAUCAAAUGCACCAGCGUAAAGAGGAACGAACGUUCAAGGUCAACAGAAAAUUGGGGAGCUGUGAAAACAUGUGCAAUUCAGUGAGCGAUCAUUGA